UUAAAAACGUUAAGCAGACUAUAAAGAUGUCAUUGGGUUAGAGUUUCAAGUGCCUCACCAGCAAGGACUACAGAGAAACCAUGCCAAAGAAGAGUAGGGCUGGCCUUUUGAAACAUGUGACAUCAGAAAAGUCUACAUGGGCUAUCUGUGUCCCUGCUCUACAGAAAGAACCCCUCAUACGGAGUUGUUUUACGCUCUUUGGCUGGUUUUAAUGCUUCACUUUCAUUAUGGUCAUUGCUUCGUGGUUGGGGAGGGGGAUUGGCUCGUCUUCCUAAUUGUGAUUCAUAUGGUUUUGCAUAUUUAAAUUGUGUUUACUGCUCUUGGUUGCUUUAAGAUGUUUUAGAUGUUGUUGGUUGUUGUGUACUUAUGUUUCCUUGGCAACAGUGUUCCAACUGUCUGUUUGUCACUUGUUGUAGAAAGCAGAAUGAUACCUUAAGCUAUGGGCAUCUACCAUUAGCAAACACUAUAUAUUACAUCUACAUGUCAGGACACUGUUACUCAAAAACUCUUGUUUUCAUUCACCUAGAUGCAUGGAAGGAGUGUGAAUUGGUGCAAUGUUAAAAACGUAUCUGGCUGUGUCCUCUUAUCUGUGUGCGCAGUGUAGGUUGUGACCUGCGCUUUGACAGGUGGCUGUGUAGAUGGCUGUUUUGGCUGGACCUGGUGUCCUGUAGCUACAGGUCUCUCUUGCUGAAAUGGAGAAACGCGAGACGCCUAAAGCCUGAGAGACUGUGUCAAGGGCACUCCACCAUCUGGCCUGCUGUCUGUGGGCACAAACGCAAGGCCUCGCAUUCGUCUUGUCAACUUUGCUGGGAUAGGAUUCGGUGACUGUACGGACCUGCGUCUGUGAACCGUGUAGAUUUUUUCCCACACACAAAAAUAAUUUUGCCUCGGCUAACUAGUUUAUUCUUUUCCAUAGAGUUAGAAUGUGUCUUCGGCCAAAAUGCACAGGAUAAUGUCCGCGUUUACAGAGGUGCAGUUUGGGCCAAUGAAGCUCCACGAAGAUCAGCUUCAGGUACUGUUAGUAUUUGCUAAAGAAGAUGGCCAGAGCAAUGGCUUCAUCUGGGCCUGUGAAAAAGCCAAGUUCAGGUGUAAUGUUGCCAGAACUCCUGAAUCUGCCCUGGAGUGUUUCCUGGAGAAGCACCAUGACAUCAUCAUCAUCGAUCAUAGGCAUUCCAGACACUUUGAUGCAGAAGCAUUAUGCCGGUCGAUUAGAGCGGCCAACUCUUCGGAAAACACUGUGAUGGUCGCCGUGGUGAGAAGGCCAGACCGGGAGGAGGGGUCAGUGAUGCCUCUGAUCUCCGCUGGAUUCAACCGCAGAUAUUUGGAAAAUGCCAACAUGAUGUCCUGCUACAAUGAGCUUCUACAGCUAGAGCAUGGAGAAGUGCGGUCACAGUUCAAACUCAGAGCAUGCAAUGCUGUUUUCACUGCACUGGAACAAAGUCAAGAGGCUAUUGAGAUCACAAGUGAAGACCAAGUGAUCCAGUACGUGAACCCUGCCUAUGAGUCCACUAUGGGAUACCAGCGGGGAGAGCUGAUUGGGAAGGAGAUCAUUGAAGUGCCUAUGAGCGAGAGGAACAAGCCUGAUCUUCUCGAGACCAUAAACGCCUGCAUACGGAAAGGAAAGGAAUGGCAGGGGAUUUAUUAUGCCAAAAAGAAGAAUGGAGAAAGUGUCCAGCAAAACGUGAGGAUCACGCCAGUGCCAGGACAGGGAAGAAAAAUCAGACACUAUGUGUCUAUUAACAGGCCUUUAAAUGAUAAUAAUAAGUCUGACAAGUCCAGUGAUCGUGUGCAAGCAGAGUCUCAGACAGAUAUGCAGUCCUGCAAACACAAGGACAGGAGGAAAGGCUCUCUGGACGUCAGAUCCACUACGUCCCGAGGGAGUGAUGGAAGUUCCCAGAGGAGGCACUCAUCCAUGGCCAGGAUUCACUCCAUGACCAUAGAAGCUCCCAUAACCAAGGUGAUAAACAUCAUCAACGCGGCCCAGGAGAGCAGCCCCAUGCCCGUGGCCGAGGCCCUGGACCGCGUGCUGGAGAUCCUGCGCACCACCGAGCUCUACUCCCCCCAGCUGGGCACCAAGGAGGAGGACCCCCACACCAACGACCUGGUGGGGGGGCUGAUGACUGAUGGUUUACGGAGAUUAUCGGGGAACGAGUACAUCUUUGCAACCAAACAGCUCCACCAUAUUCCCAGCCAUCUGAUCACACCGCUCUCGCUCAACGACAUCCCCCCUAGGGUGGCGCAGACCAUGGAGAAUGAAGACUCCUGGGACUUUGACAUAUUCAACCUGGAGACUGCGACUAUGAAGCGACCCCUGGUGUUCCUGGGACUGAAGGUUUUCUCGCGCUUCGGGGUGUGCGAGUUCCUGAACUGCCCUGAAGCGGUGCUGAGGUCGUGGCUCCAGGUCAUCGAGGCGAAUUACCAUGCCAGCAACUCCUACCACAACUCCAGCCACGCAGCCGACGUGCUGCACGCCACCGCCUACUUCCUCUGCAAGGAGAGGGUGAAGCAAAGCCUGGACCCCAUCGACGAGGUGGCGGCCCUGAUUGCUGCCACGGUGCACGACGUGGAUCACCCCGGCCGCACAAACUCCUUCCUGUGCAACGCGGGCAGCGAGCUGGCCGUCCUGUACAACGACACAGCCGUGCUGGAGAGCCACCACUCCGCCCUGGCCUUCCAGAUCACCACUCGCGACGACAAGUGCAACAUCUUCAAGAACAUGGAGAGGAACGAAUACCGCACCCUCCGCCAAGCGAUCAUUGACAUGGUCCUGGCCACUGAGAUGACCAAGCAUUUUGAGCACGUCAACAAGUUUGUGAACAGCAUCAACAAGCCAUUGGCAGCACUGGAGGAGAAUGGGGGCAAUGGGGACGAGGAGGCCACCAAAAGCAUUCUGAUGCUGCCGGAGAAUCGGAUUCUAGUGAAGCGCAUGCUGAUCAAGUGUGCAGACAUCUCCAACCCCUGCAGACCCCUGCAGCUCUGCAUCGAGUGGGCCGGCCGCAUCUCAGAAGAAUAUUUUGCACAGACUGAUGAAGAGAAGAGGCAGGGCCUGCCCGUGGUGAUGCCGGUCUUUGACAGGAACACCUGCAGCAUUCCCAAAUCCCAGAUUUCCUUCAUCGACUAUUUCAUUACGGAUAUGUUUGAUGCCUGGGAUGCGUUCGCAGAUCUGCCCAACCUCAUGCAGCACCUGGACAACAACUUUAAGUAUUGGAAAGGCCUGGACGAGCUGAAGCUGCACAGCCUGCGGCCGCCCCCGGAGUAGCGCUCCGCUGCCCCUGUAGCACUGCGCUCACGCAGAGCGCCCAUUUUCUCCACCUCACGCCGGAGCGUCUCCGUCGCGGCAGCAGCCCCUCCCUGCGGACUCCACACUCAUGACCACGUCACGUGCGGCCAAUCACGAGAGAGGCCGACCACCGUGACUGACCGCGCAAGACACCGGCUUCACAAACGAACAAAAACUGACAAUAAUGUGUCCCUACACUGACUUUGUGUUCGGCUGAAGGACAUAACCGCAUCCUGCGAUGGCGUGUCGGAGCUCUGUGACGCACGGUCCAGACUAUUACUUGAUGGUAUAUCAGGGAAACGGGCUUUACCCCUGAUGUGGAAGCAGACUUUUUGCUGUCUCGGGUUGACUGCUGGGCCAUGGAGAAGCAGGGCAGUGAAGUGUGUGAGGCUUGCUUUCGUCACACUCGGCCCCGCUGCGACAUCAUCACGCUGGCGACGGACGUGUGAUGUCACCCCGAAGCAAGACGCCGCAAGACCUCACACAACAGGAUUAUAUUCUCACUCCUUCAGAAAAACAAAAAACUGAACUACACUCCACCAUCCUUUAUUGGUCACUUUUUUUUCUUUGGUUUGUUUCUUUUUCCUCAAAAAUAGGUCUGCUAAUCCUUUGCCUUGAGAGGAUUUGUAGCAACACAAGGCAGCCCUAAAAACAUAGGGCUUGUGAUGUCAUGAUGGGUGUUCAGGGUGUGGAUGUUAAUUUUGGUCACAGUUGGACAGAUUCAAAACUGUACCCAUCUUAAUCAUAGGUAUUUACAGAUUCACAUUUUUUGAUAUUUAUUUUGUUUUAGAUGUUCAGUAUUUUCUAUAAAUUCACAAAUGAUAAGUAAAUAAAUUGGUGAAUUAAAAGAAGCAUACUACAAAAAAGCCAAAGCUGAUUUAACAGGAGUUUGCAUGGGUCAUAUCCUUAAAAACAUAUUUCAUUCAUGUCUAGAAGUUUUCAUCAUCAUACUACAAAGACCAAUUCAAUUGACACCUAUAUAUUGCACUGCAAACAACAAUUGAAAUGUAUGAUUUAAUCAUUUAUGGAAGAUGGAGAUGAUGAAUUUGGGAAUAAGCUGUUUUGUUGUUCACUUCCACAUGAGAGGGUGUCAGUUGAAAAGGCUGUGCUAGACCUGGAGUUAUUGGGUAAUUCUGUAACAGAUGGCUUUUGAUAACCCAGUACAUCUAUGAAAGUGUUUUGGACUUGAAAGCUCUUUCUCCCAGAAUUUUUUUAUAUCUGGUUUAUUCUACUGAAAGACUGCCUUAUUUUAUACAAUAUUUAUACAAUACAUCCCAAUGCGUAUGUGCAAAGUUUUUGAUAAUUUAGUCAAAAAGUAAUAUUCAGACAAAUCUCAAUAUUUUUAUAAAUUCAUGUAUUUUACACUGGAAUGACAAAAAUGAACAAAGAUUGGUGAUCUGGAAUUGUGUGAAAAUGUUUGUUAAAACCAUUGGAUGGGAGUUUCACUAUAAAUAUUUUUUUAAAAGAUAAUGGAUUUUCAGGGGGAGCAUAAUCCAGAAAUGUCUAUCACUGUGUAAUGCCAGUCCUCACACAUACAGCUUGCUCUGAUUUUGACAAGCACAUAUAUCGCCCAUUUGUUCCAGAACCAUGUACACCGAAAACCCAGGGAAAUAUUUAAUCCACCACUGGUUUCUGAUUAGGAUGCUAAUGUGUGAAAGAAUGUUCCUUAUUCAAAUUAUUUCCUACUUUUAUUUAAACCGUAUAUAUAAACAUGCCAUAAUGCAUGAGCCCACAUGAGUCAAUAUGAUAUAUUGACCAAAAAGCUUUUUCUUCUUUUAGUCAGAACUGUACACUCAAUCAGGGAAUGUGUUUGUUCGUUCUGAUUCACUGCUAUGUCCGGGCUAAGAGCACCGAAAAGAACUAGAAAUUAUUCUAUGGAGAAAUAAAAUAAUGAUAAUGAUUA